CCACCCUUUCAGAAUGCCCCGGAAGUGCCUUCACCCUCAAUAAAGAUGGCCGCGGUAUUUGGCAGGAGGGAGGCGGGUCUGCGCCUGCGCAACGAGUUCGGCGGGGAAGAUGGCGGAUGACAAGGAUUCUCUGCCCAAGCUUAAGGACCUGGCAUUUCUCAAGAACCAGCUGGAGCGCCUGCAGCAACGAGUGGAAGAUGAAGUCAACACUGGUGUAGGCCAGGAUGGCUCACUCUUGUCCUCCCCAUUCCUCAAGGGAUUCCUGGCCGGCUAUGUGGUGGCCAAACUGAGGGCUUCAGCAGUAUUGGGAUUUGCCAUGGGUACCUGCACUGGCAUCUAUGCAGCUCAGGCAUAUGCUUUGCCCGACGUGGAGAAGACAUUGAGGGACUUCUUCCGAUCACUACGCAAGGGUCCCGACUAGCUCCAGAUCCCAUGGGGGAAAAAGGAUGAGCAACUGAGCCUACAGGUGCAGGCCUUUGGGCCAUGAACACUCUAUCAGGCUUCCCUAGCUGUCAUCCAUCUGUCCUGCCACCUUUAUCUUUGCUUUUUCCCUGCAGAGGCUGUAUAGUGGCUUGUCAGCCUAUACCCUGGAUUUCUUCCUUGCCUGGCUCCAUGAGACUGACCCUGUGACUUUGGUUCUCUCACCCCUUCCUUUUCCAGCCCAAACUGUGGGAUGUGCCACUGACUCUGAUCUUUAGUAUU